UCCAUUCCAACAACAGACAUAAACCAAAAGAGAUAAAGACGAAAAAGAAAAGGAAGAUCUUAUCUGCCUGGGUCACACCUGUGGCUCGUACCGUCCCAUGUGAGAGGGUCUAAGCCGCGUAUUCAACGCCUCGAUAAGAUCUGUUUUUAAAAACACUUGUUCUCGGCACCUUUAGAAUUUUUGGUUGUCUGGUUAGUUAGGCCCCAACGUGACUGACGAAAAGGGUGUGUUUGCCAUGAAGAACUUCUCAAGUUGAUCUCACUCUUUAACUUGUAUUCUCUCCAAUUACCCACAAUAUCAACGUCUCUCCUUUUUCUCUCUUCCAGGGGUUCUAAUUUUUUUUUUUUUCGCCCCCUCCUUUCCAAUUAUUCUCCACACUUCACAAUUUAGCGUCUACGGUUCUGGCUGAUCAUCAAUCACCUUCCAACUCUAACCCGCCACUAGCCGCUUGCCUAAGGAGCAAAGGCUUGUUUCACGAUACACCCCCAACGAAGCGGUAGACAAACCCACCGCAAACCGAUUCGCGGCCAUUGUGCCUUGAUGGUCUAGACCCUGGCGGUUGGACAAGAUGGCGAUGCCUGCCAUGGGUAGCGAUUUUCAGCUGUUCUCCCCCGCUCAGUCUUCCGACAGAAGAGAAUCACAGACAGACUCCAUGACAUUUCCACAGUCAUCCCCAGAGGAUUCCGGUCAGGAUUGGACGCAAUGGAUGAGAUGGGAUGACAAUUCUUUCCAAGAGACGGCCAGCGAUCUUCCGCACUCCCCGUUCGAUUUCUCAUUUAUCUCGCCCAGCACCUCGAUCGGCAAGCAGAGUACCGGUGGUAUUCAGAAAUCCGAAUUCUCGCCCGAUAUUUCACUCGACUGCGUGACGAAUCUUCCAUUUGACUCCUUCCUUGGUCAGGAUGAUUGUGGCGGGCUUCCCCUUCACCGUAGGUCAAAUGUCAGCACAGAUAUGCUGUCUGCUCAGUCAACGACGUCCGGAUCACCUAUAUCCCUAGCGGGUGUCAAACGUAAGUCCGGAAGCGAUGACGACGGAUCGACCGUCAGCGGUCCACCUCCGACUGGAAAGAAGAUGCCAUCUAAGAAACGAGCCCACAACGUUAUUGAAAAACGAUACCGAGCCAACUUGAAUGAAAAAAUUGCCGAGCUCAGAGACAGCGUGCCCAGUCUACGAGCUUCCAGGCAUCUAGUCGACGAUGAUGACGCGGAGGGGACUACGCCAGCCAACAAGUUGAACAAGGCCUCUAUUCUCUCUAAGGCAACGGAGUAUAUCCGACACCUGGAAAUCCGCAAUAAACGGUUGGAAGACGAAAAUACUGCUCUCAAGAAUAGACUUCGUCAAGUGGAUAAGGCUGUCGACCAGACUGUGACAUCUGCGGCAUCAGUCUCUUCACCUAGCAAUUACACCGAGUCCGGUGCUAGCUCGUCUCCUAGCGUCUUCUCGAACGCGGAGGAAGUUCCUAGUGACCCUUCUCCGAGCUCCCUCCACCCACCGGAAGGUUUGAUCAAGGUGCCAGAUGCCUUCAAACAAAUGCGGGCGGCGACCCCAAGAGAUGAGUCAUGGUCACAGUCUUAUAUCCAGUAUCCAAGCAGUGGUAGUAAUGGACCUCCACAGGCUGGGGGCCACAAACGCUCUCACUAUCCUAACAAAUACAUGCUAGGUGCUCUUGCCGGUCUCAUGGUAUUUGAGGGGAUGAGUUCGGAGAAGAAGACCGAGUCAACUGCAAAAGGGCUCCUAGCUGUUCCAUUCAACCUGUUCAAUAACAUACAGUCACCGCAGACCGCAUAUUUGGCAGCAAUUGUUCGGAACUUUUGGUACUCAUGGCAUGCCCGCGCUAUUUCUCACUUCCUCAUCCUUGCUACUCUCGUUGUCGGGAGCGCAUUCAUCGUUUUUGUCUAUCUGUUCAACUCCGGCGGCCCUGGACUACAGUCCUCUAAAACAGCAUCUGCCACAUUAUCAUCUAGUAACUUCCGCCGACAGGCUUGGCUGACUAGCAUCCAGCGGGUGGGAGUGCCCCGACACACGUUUUUCCAUGAGUGGUAUGUCGUCACGUCGCGAUGUUUUGAGUACGUCUUGCGAUGCCUACUCGGAUGGAAACUCUACUCUUGGGCCACGGGAGUUACCGAAGAGGAUGAAAACGGCCGAGUCAAGACGUGGGACAUCGCGAUCGAUGCGCAACUCGCCGGAGGUGAUGCGGAGGUCAGCAAAAGUCGUCUCGUUUUGACCAUCUUUGCUGCUGGCACUCUCCCUCGAAGCCCAAUGAGAAUGAUGUUAAAAGCCCUCCAUGUGCGCAUUUUGCUUUGGCGUGUGGGAGAUCGCGGCUCGUGGACUUUUAACGUCUCGAACGACGUUGGCCGUAGUCUGGCACGGUAUCAGUGGGAUCUUGCCCGAAAGAUGAAUUCCUCUCUGCCAAAGGAUCACCCAGAUGCCCUGCCCAGCCAUCUCGCUGCCUUACUGGACCUUGAUAGUGAGGCGGUUAUGAUUGAUAGUGUCAUCCAAAGGGCCGCAAACCUUACUUGGAACUGUCCAACCCAAGAGGGGACUGAUGGUGAUGAAGCUCUUCUGGAUGUUGUGGAAGAGGAUCCCGCCAUCCAAUCCUCUUUAGAUGCGCUUGCCGCCUGGUGGUCUAGCCAUCUGUUGCAACGCGCCCUUCUGAAAUACUUCGAGGCUAGUUCUGGUGGUCAAGACAGGAAGAAGAGCCGUGACCUUUUCAAGUCGAAGAUUAAGACAGCUCUCAACGUAGCGCCCCAGCCAUCCGCAGCUCAUACACGUGCUCUGGUUAUGCAAGCCGUUUUCUUUGAACAGGAUCGCGUCGCUAACAUUAAUCUGGUUCUUUCCGCACUGCCUAAGGACAAGGGAAUGAACAAGAAAGCGCAAGCUUCAAAUUUUCUCGAUUCUUCUCUACCGGUAUCUGUCCGCGAUGAGAUUAAUAUUGCCGUUCGCUGCGCUAUGAUCGCGGCUAUCUUCACAGCAAGGACAACCGGAGAUACGUCUCUUCCCGCAUCGUUUACGAUGCAGAAAGCUAUUUCCUGGUUUAACCAGCUGCCUCUGGACCCGGUGGAGUUAACUCUUCUGGGAUUUGCAGCGACAUAUCAUCUUUUACACGUUUUGGCUUCCGACACAGACUACCUGAACUCCUCGGAUUCUUCGGCUCCCUCUUCCCCCGUGCCCAGACAUCUCUCUUUGUCCUCUGAUGAUGACUCGGACAGACCAACUCCAAUCCAAGGGCAGAAAUGUUCGCCGCCGCUGAUUCCUAACCUAAGCCGUGUGGCCUCGGAGCUUUCGUACUGGGCAAAGAACGCCUAUAAUCCGACUUUUUAUGGUUUCACGUCUCAUCUCGUGGGAGUGGUUGAGUCUGAAUGCAAAUCAUUGUGCCAAAGCGCGGGAGUCGAUGUCGCCGACUACUCUCGCAUCCAAGAGGAGAGGCGGGAAGCAACAAGGAAUAAAGACCAAAAGAAGAAGAAGAAGCAGCAGCAGAAGCCAUCUAAGAAAUCCAAGGAGGGUUUGCGGCCAGGUAGACAGGUGACCCCUAGCAGCCAGCCCACCCAAUGUCCUAGUCCAGAAAGUCCACGUGAACCCGUGACUUGAACGGAUAGAGGCUAUCUUCGUAUGCAUGUAUUAUGGGCUAUGUCGCUGUCUACGGGUUGGGUGGCCUCCUGGCUUUUUACUUCGGAUAUUUGGUAUUACGCGAUGCGCUGCUUCUGGUAUCAGGGUGUAUUUUGCGAGUGAUGGAACACGGGUAUCGGAAUAUAAACAACAACUAUCGGUCUCUGGCGUUCUUCGGUUAAUUUCCGGCCUGUUUAUGUAUCUUCUCUCCGGUGUUAUAAAAGCCGAAUUAGACUAAAGCAGUCCCUCCCCUAUUUUUGUUGUUUGCCUGUGUAUAAUGCCUAAUAACAUGUAUCGCUUACAAGUCACCGUUCGAAGAGUCCGACCGAUUCUGCUCACACCCGUCGACCUUGCCCUGUUUGCUACGUCCUCAUCUGGGAAAUGAGGUUAGGUUAGUGAUUUGUGUUCAACCUCAUCUAAUCUUUUUCUACCUCUAGAGUGGGCAAUACCUUAUACCAGGUGCCCGGAUCGAGUCUGGGACCCAUGCUGCAUGCGGGAAGGAAUGUGUGGC